UAACUGUGAGUUUGCUCAACGGUAUCGACGUGACCGUAUGUAAUCUUAUUGAACGGCUAACAUUGUGACAUUUCGGUUCUCUUCCUCGUGUUACAAGAAGUUUUCCGAUCUGUUUUCAAGUAAAUACUCUUUCUUUUACAGUUGUUGUAAUUGUUCUAAUAUUCCAUCAUGCCGUGGCUGAAUCUCAAACGCUUUGGCCUAGUCAAAUCUAGCAAAGCCUCUUCAAACACCACUCCAAAGGCGACGCUGUACAGCAACCGCAAAAGAAGCGUCACGUUUGCCUAUCAGAUCCCCACGGCACAGUUUGUGGGCAAGCGGUUCCGCUAUUUGGAUGGCGAUGGACGGUACUAUUGGAUUUUCUCAGCAAACCUUACGGUGGAGAAGCAGUGGGACUAUCCGGAGAUUCCCCAGUCCGAGUGGACCGUCAGCCUGGACGUUAACCAAGAUACUGUAACGGGGCAUCCCCAUUUGCUGUUCGACGAUAAGUACGCCCCACGAGCCAAGGUGGUUCCCAAGAAAGGUUUCGGCGGACUGACUGGCUCUGGCGAAAUUUUGGUGGAAGGAAAAGUUAGGGCAUCCGACACUGAUCCAUCCGCUUGUACCACCGUCGUCAUCGGACCAUCUGGAUGGACCCGCUCUCGUAAAUUCGGUGUUGAGCUGAAGCUGGGCCAUUUGAUGUGCUGUAAAACGGCUGUCGAUAAACACGGUCACCCACGGAAAAUCCCGGCUUUGAUCGAGGGAUACGUCUACGUGUGGCUGACCUUCCACAUUCAGCAGCACGAGCGCCACGAUCUGCAGCGUCUACUGGAUUCCGGUUUGAUGACAGACUGCACGCUGGUUUCUACGGAUGGCCGUAAGUUUCCAGUGCAUCGCGCAAUCUUGGCCGUACAGUCACCGGUGCUGUCCGAAUUACUGCAGAGCCACGAGCUCGAUAAAACCGCAGGUCAGCUCGCCGUUGUGGAUGCGGAUGGGAAACUGCUGAAAACACUCAUCGGCUUUGCGUAUACGCGGGAGUUACAGCACACGGCCGAUGGGCGACUGGAAGACUUGUGGAUGCUGGCAAAGAAGUUUGGAAUGCAAGAAUUGUGCGCCGCGUGUGAAUGCCGUCUGAUAUCUGGCGUCGAUAAGGGCAACGCAAUGCGCUAUUACAUUUUUUCUCGGGAGUUUGGCUUGGCGAAACUGCAGCAAAGCGCCGGAACAUAUAUCGGCAAGGAUCCGAUGGGUGUUUAACACUGCUGUAGAAUACUCCGUCGCAAAUGCUUUACCGCUAUUCUAUGCUGACCUUUUGGUGAUACUGUAUAACACUUUAGCGUGCUUCUACCUAUAUACAACCAGUCAUAUCAAUAUGGGUACUCGUAUUAUUUGUGGGGGCUCUUUCCGGCUUUACAGUCUGCAAAAUUCAUCUACCCAAAUUUUAAUUUUUUUGUUUGUUUUUUACGUCAUGAGCUUACUUGCGCAGUACCGCCCUUUUUCUGGAAAGUACGUUAUUUUAAUUUCGCUCGCGAGCACGGUUUGGUGAGACUGCAGCAAAAUGUUGGGCAUUACAUUGGCAAAAAUCCAAUGGCUGUUUGAAGUACACAAGCGAAGCAGCGUUUGGGUCGGGAUCUCCAAGGUGGAUCUUGAGUGUUUUGCAUUUAUUUAGAAUUAAAGCUCCUCUAGCUGCUGUUGUUUGUCUUGGAAUUUCUCC